AAAACUUUCCCCGCCGCCAUUUCUUCAGAUCGGGUUCGGUCGGUGCACUAGAGCGACUCGGACGACGCGACUCGGAGCGUGCUGCAUAUCUGUCUAUCUAUCUAGCCAUCUGGGAACUUGGGUGCUACCGCCCUACGCAACGCGAUGUCUGAAGACCAAGUGAUGUCCGACGUGCCGAAGAAAGCUAAGAAGAGCAAGGAGGAGAAGGCCGCUGCGAAGGCGGCGCGCAAAGGCGCGGGGGCGGACUCCGCCGUACCGGUGCUCCCGAUGAACGGGGAGAAGACGACCAAGAAGCGGCGGGCGGAGGGCGACGGCGAGGACGACGACGCCGGUUCCAAGCAGAAGAAAAAGAAGGCCAAAGUCGAUGCGGGGGCUGCGGCUGCGGCUGAGAACGUGACGCCGAUCGCAGAAGAUGCGGCGGCGACGCGCAAGAAGGACAAGAAGGACAAGAAGAAGAAGGAGAAGGAAGGCGACGCCGCGGGAGACGUCGAGAUGGCGGAUGCGGCGGCGGACGAUAAGGCCGAGCGGAAGAAGAGGAAGAAGGAGAAGAAGGAGAAAGAACGUCAAGAGAAAGCAGCGUCUGAGUCUGCGCCACUCGCCGAAUCCUCGACGGCGGUGCAGACUCCCGAGCAUGGCAAGAAGAAGAAGGACAAAACCCAGAAGAACUCGGAGAGAACGACGGCUCUCGCAGGGGCGUCUGCAGAUGAAGCCGCGGCGUUCUUGUCCGAGAACUCCAUCACGAUACACACGCCGCCUGGGAAAGAGGGCCUGCGGCCUAUUCUUGCCUUCGGCCAGCUGGACAUCCCAUCGGCACUGCGAUCGUCAUUCGCGGGAUUCUCCAAGCCCACGCCGAUCCAGGCCUGCACCUGGCCACCUGCACUAGCUGGGAGCGAUGUCGUCGGUAUCGCAGAAACUGGAAGUGGCAAAACCCUGGCUUUCGGAAUACCUGCCCUGGCCCGGCUGCUGACCUCCUCCCCGUCCAGCGACGCCUCCUCGACGGUCAGCGUACUGGUGGUCGCGCCGACGCGCGAGCUGGCGCUGCAGACGCACGAAACGCUGGACAAGAUCGGCACCCCGCUCGGCAUCGCGAGUGUCGCUGUGUUCGGUGGUGUCCCCAAGGAGCCACAGGUAAAGAUGCUCCGGAACAUGAACAAGGGGAAGAAGGGGACCACGACGCGUAUCGUCGUCGGGACCCCGGGUCGGAUACUGGAUCUCGUGCAGGAGGGCGCGUGUGAUCUGAGCAACGUCAACUACCUCGUGCUCGACGAGGCAGAUCGGAUGCUUGACAAGGGGUUCGAGAACGAUAUCCGCAACAUCAUCUCCAACACGAAACAAGGCGCUGACCGGCAGACGGUGAUGUUCAGUGCGACCUGGCCGGAAGCAGUGCGUCGGCUGGCGAGCACGUUCCAGCAGGACCCUGUGCGUGUGACCGUCGGCAGCGAUGACUUGACCGCGAACAGCCGUGUCACACAAGAGGUGGAGGUGUUUGACGAUGCGAGGUCGAAAGACCAACGUCUGCUGAAGCACCUGCGCCAAUUUGGUCACAAGAAAACGACGACCAAUGGCAGCGGUGAGAACCGCGUUCUCGUGUUCGCGCUCUACAAAAAAGAGGCAUCGCGCGUCGAGGAGAUGCUCCGGCGCGACGGAUAUAGCGUCGGAGCUCUGCACGGCGACCUGUCACAAAAUGCGCGCCUUGAAGCCCUGGAACGAUUCAAGAACGGAUCGACCGGCUUGCUGGUGGCCACGGAUGUUGCCGCCCGCGGGCUGGACAUUCCGAACGUCGGUUUGGUUCUCAACUACACGUUCCCGCUGACCAUCGAGGAUUACAUCCACCGGAUCGGGCGGACUGGCCGAGGGGGCAAAUCCGGAAAAUCAAUCACGUUCUUCACCGGGGACAAUCACGAGCGCAGCAUCGCAGGGGAGCUGGCCAAGGUGCUGCGAGAGAGUGGUUUUGAGUGCGAGGGUCUCAAAAAAUUCCCAAUGACGAUCAAAAAAAAGGAGCACAGCGCGUACGGCGCUUUCUUCAGGAACGACAUUCCUAUGCCUAGCAAGCCCACCAAGAUCAUAUUUGACUAGAUGACAUAGACUAAUGCUGUGCCCUGGCUUGACCAGGACCCCGGAUAAUUCAGUCAAAUCGCUAUUGGACAAUUCUGUUCGGUUAGGUAGAACACAGGUGUUAAACAAAAAUUGUUGAGUGGUAGUCUGGUUCAGCAGUGAUUGUCCUGUUACACUUUUGUAGGCUUCCAAAUCGACUGCAACCCACUUUAGUAUGUUUUGUAUAGCAAAUUUUAUUUCGUUUUUUU